ACGUUUUGACUUUUUUCUCCUUGGCUUUGAACGAGAGCUGUGAUGUUCGCCACGCAGCUCAGUUGCUGGUGUUUGUCCGUGGGAUGACUCAGGACUUCAGGAUUACGGAGGAGCUGGCAGCGAUGCGGUCGAUGACAGGUCCAACAACAGGGAGCCAUCUCUUCACAGCCAAUGUGAGCUCGAUUGGAAGAAGUCACCUGAGACGACUGAAAGUUACAAGCUGUUAUUUUCAAGCCCUGACCACAUCAGCAGUUCAGUACUCUUUGCCUCGAGUUCUCUGCCAGCGUGGGCCCACAGCAGCCGCUGAUUGAUGGGACGAGGUACCGACGACAGCUCUCCAGUGAGGACCUGGCAGCCAUCUUAAACUCUGACUCCCCCUCCCCCCGCUCCUCUUUACAGAAACAAAGGCCCACGGUUUGUGUGAGGGUCAGUUUGAGUUUUAAAAUCAGAGGCACUGUCCUCUUGAAAUAUUUCACAAAUGUGGGCACCACCUCGAAAAAUCAUCUCUCCGUUCACCAUUUAAAGAUUGUGGCAUUUCCUUUCUACGCAUGUCACGCACGUGCUCAGUCCAUGUGUAUGUAAAUGAGCGUGCAUACUUGGGAUACACUGGGUAUUUGCUUGUCUCCAUCUAUCUGAUCCCUCGGAAGGACCAGGAGUUUCAUGUGACAGGACCGUCCCUUUGGGUGACCGUUACAUCCAACCAGAACGUAUGCACACCACCCCUACACACACGCUCACCCCCCAGCCCCCCGCCCACACCCAUUGGGAAGUCAAUAAGAGUGACCCUCUGGAGACGCAGGAUCACUGUCUCCUGACCUCCUCGUCUGAUGCCAAACAGCUCCGUGAACACGAAGGGAAUCAUGCCUGUGCCAAAGAAAGCAGGACGGAAAAGCAGCAGUGCAGGAGAAGAAAAGCUGCCGCCGUAUGAACCGAAUGUCCCUGAACCCACCACCAGGGCUGGCUUCAUGAAAUACUGGGUUCCUCUCUGUCUGGAUGAUAAAACUGCACAGAAACUGUUGUGGAUUUCGGAGGGUGGCAGUAAGGUGGCUCGGACAUCAGAUGCAGUCUGCCCAUAUCCCAACAGGCCUGAGAGAUAUGAGCACUCCCCACAGGUGCUGUGUAAGGAGAGUCUGCUGGGCUAUCGCGGGUACUGGGAGGUGGACUAUGACGGCUGGGUGGUGAUCGGGUUGGUCGGUGAGAGCGCACCCCGCAAGGUCCAAGACGGGGCCUGCGGCCUUGGGGAGAACAACAGCUCCUGGGGCGCCGGCUGGUCUGGCUCCUGCUACCAAGUCUGGCACAAUAGCGAGAACGUGGACGUCCAGCUCCCCCUGAGCUCCACCAUGGGCAUCUACAUCGACCAGCCCGCCGGCAUCAUCAAGUUCCUCUUGGUGGAGGGAGAGGGCGAGAAGGAGGUGAGGCUGAUUCACAAGUUCAAAGUCAACAUCCAGGAGAAGAUUUUUCCAGCCUUCUGGGUUGGCACGAAUUCGUUCUGCCUCAUCCGAAAAAAGGAUCAGUGACUCGGAAGAGGGUUUAGCAUGCAGGGGGAGGAAGGAGCUCAAGUGAUGUAAAUUUCAAAAGGUGUCAGGAGGGAGACACAAAGGUUGGGAUGUUUGGGGAACAAGUGUUAGAGAUGUAAAGCAGAACUGAAGCACGUUGUGACAUCUUCGUAGAUUGCGUUUGCUUUCCCUAAUGCAUGAAGAAAGCUUUUUUGUUUCAUAUUAUAUCCAGAGAUGCUUAAUUAUUUUAUUUACUAUCAUGUAUCUAUUUAUGUACUUAAUUUAACUUAGAAUUUUAGGCAAGGUUUUGUAGUUUUUCUAACAUGCAGGACUUGUAUGUACUAUAGUGCCUGCCUGUAUGUUUUUUAUGUGGUGAAUGUAGUCAAUAAAUCCAACGGUUGUGUAACAACA